UUCCUUGGUAAGUGACUACACCCAGCUUUUAUACAUCAUAAUUUAACCUAGUCCAGGAGCAUCUGGUCUCGCGGCGCGGUGGAAAAUACACCAUAUAUGAAUGAGUAUUUUAAGAAUUCGCUAGAGAGGGAGUCGCCAGAUAUGGAUCGAAUUAGAUUGGCAGUGAAGGAGGCUGGAAUAUUCUGUGUUUUGGGGUAUUCCGAGCGCAAUAGAGGCAGUCUGUAUAUGGCUCAGGUGCGAUGAUCUUCAAUCCUACAAUACAUUUACCUUCCUGACCAUGAGCAGUCUUUCAUCGAUGAAAAUGGCGAUAUUAUUCACCAUCGUCGCAAAAUGAAACCCACCCAUAUCGAGCGCGGCUAUUGGGGAGAUGGACAAGGAGAGUCCAUUCGACCUGUCGCUAACACAUCCUUUGGAAACAUUGGAGCUCUCAACUGCUGGGAGCAUCUCCAGCCUUUACUGAAAUAUCUCGAAUACUCGCAAGAUGUUGAGAUCCAUGUGGCCAGCUGGCCUCCGAUCUGGGAUAAACGGGAAGGGAUCGAAUGGGCGGACCAUAUGACGGCAGAAAUGAGUACAAAGAUUUGUCAAACUAUGGCCGUCGAGGGGACUUGUUUUGUGUUGAUUUGCACGCAGGUGAUGAGUGAAGAAAGCAAAAAGAAGAGUAACUUGGAGGAUUUCAAAUUUGCCCAAUGUCCCGGCGGUGGAUUCAGCAUGAUAUUCGAUGCCUUUGGGAAACCCCUAGUCAAAGCGCUCCCGCCAGGGGAAGAAGGAAUCCUUUACGCUGAUGUUGAUCUCGACCUCAAGAGACAGGCGCAGCAGAGCUUGGAUGUUGUCGGCCAUUACUCUCGGCCAGACCUAUUAAGCCUUACCGCGAACGCUACGGAAGCUAGACCUGUGACUAGAAUGCAGGACAACAAUAAUAGUCAUUGAUGGUCCUUUAUAUGGCCGAAUAAGAGAACCCAGUCUUGGCCAG